GUGGUUUUGGUGAUGUGUACUCUGCAAAUUGGGUUGAUGGACCGAGAACAAAAUGGAGCACUGAAAAAAAUGAUUGGGAAAGAUACUCCAACGUUGACGUUGCUUUAAAAAGUUUGUCAAAACUUAAAGAUGAAGACUUUACCACUGAACUUUUUGAAGAAGUGUCAGGUCGAUUUACCACUUUACGCACCUUUGGCAUGACUCGUGACCCUGAAUCAAAGGCUUACAUGAUGGUGAUGACAUUAGCAGACUAUGGUGACUUAUCUGCAUACUUAAAAAAAGAAUUUUCUACACUCUCUUAUAUUCAUAAACUCGAGAUUCUUUAUGACAUAGCUACUGGUAUUUGUCAGAUUCAUAAGUCUGGACUUGUGCAUCGUGACUUACAUA